AUGUCUUUAUCACCAUUUAUAUACCUGAAAAAGAAGGGUAAUGAUUUGGUUACUGCUAGGUUUCGUGACAGCUCAGAAUCCACCAAUAAUGCGCAUUUUCUGUUUAUUUUUAUCCACGGUUUUCCGAUCAAAAUCUUUCUCCGAUCUUUCCUCGGCAAAGGGUUUCCAGAUCUCACACCUCCGCCACUGCUGACGCUGGCAUCUUUCCAGCCACUGUCUGCAGCUCCAGGUGUACAGAUCUGUACAACUCCGGCGAGGUUGAAAAUCAGUGACCUAGAAGGAGACAAAAAUCCACGCACUGCUGCCAAAUCUACUCCAAAAAUUCUACCAUCGCAAAUCAGAGAUACAAAUCGUGCAUCUCUCUCAGAUCUGGCCUAGAUUUAUUGUUUUCGGCGUUAACAGUAUUUUCCGGCGUGAACCAGGUUCAUUUCGAGUGGAGUUGGUACCUCCGAUUUUCAUAUAUUUUUUGAUCAUACACCUAUCGUUGCAUCUUGCUAACUUUAGACUUGUGAAUAAUUUACUAGUUCGUGCGUGUUUUCGUGGCUUUGGAUAGUGAUGGUAGACUAGGGUCAUGUUUUCGCUCAUGGACGGGGACGAGGGUAAGGAGAGGUAAGUGGGUUAAAGGAGCGUCUAGACUGAGAAUAGGUUCUUGGAACAUUGGGACGUUAACGGGUAAAUCCAUAGAACUAGUUAAGAUUCUAAAGAAGAGGAAGAUUAAUAUAGCCUGUGUCCAGGAGAUAAAAUGGGUCGGCUCUAAAGCUAAGGAAGUA